AUGCUAACAAACAAUUCUCGCAGAGCCUAUUACUCGUUCGAUCAGAUCAGUUUACCCUAUAUCGAGGUAUCCAUCAUUGUCGUUCUCGGAUUCGAUCUCAUGCUCUUCAUUAAAAUCCACGAGUCAAAAUUCUCGAGGUUACGUUCACAAGACGAGACCAUCACAUACCGAAGGAUGACAUGA